GUAAAACAAUUUCUGUGACAGCAUAUAUUUUUCGUUUUUGUUACAAUGCAACUACUCAACCGCGGCGCUUUGGAAGCCUAACAGCCGCAGAGUUAAAAACAGCGUUCAAUCGUUUGCUAUAUUUGUCUCAACGCUACGAAUAUCAUGACGAAAUAAAGCAAUUGUUACACGCAGGAGAGCUACAUAAGAGCAAUCCGAUCAAGAAGCUGAACCCAUUCAUUUGUGGCGAAGGAUUUCUACGCGUAGGAGGAAGACUACAACUUGCUGAUAUACCCGCAAAUAUGAAACAUCCUAUUUUAUUAUCUAAGAAAAAUCCUCUAACUCUACUUUUAUUUACAGAUGCACAUACAAGAACGCUACAUGGUGGCAUACAAUUAAUGAUUACUUUCAUUAGGCGAAAUUAUUGGAUACCAAAUGCGCGCAGAAUUGCGGAAACUGUAUUGAAACGUUGUUUGGUAUGCUUUAAAUAUACAGCGAGAGUGGCAGAACAACUUAUGGGACAACUUCCAGCUGUUCGACUGACUCCGGCGCGACCAUUCUUGCAUAGCGGGGUCGACUGCGCUGGUCCAAUUGACGUCCGCCAGUCGGCUCUCCGAAAUGCUAAAAUUUCAAAAGGUUAUAUUUGCGUAUUCCUGUGCAUGGUGACCAAAGCAAUCCACUUGGAGCCCGUAUCAAGUUUAUCCACUGAGGCCUUCAUCGCAGCCUAUCGGCGUUUCGUUUACCGUAGAGGAAAAUGUACGCAACUAUAUUCCGAUUGUGGAACAAACUUCGUUGGCGCGAGCAGCUUUCUGCAAACCAUGCACCACCGUAACACAGUAUCAAUACCGGAGGAGCUCAGAGAAUUCCUUGCUAGCGAAGGCACAACUUGGAAUUUUGUUCCGCCAGCUUCCCCACACUUCGGUGGCUUAUGGGAAGCUGGGUUAACGGAAGAUAGGAUUGUUGAAGGCAGCAGCGAUACGGCUGUGAGUCGAGGCACAGCCAUUCAACCUGGCGAUAAACCAAUAACCUCCAACGGCUCUGCCAACAACGACUCUAAUCUUUCGGCUUAG